AGGUGAGGUAGGGAUGUGUUUAAUACUGGACAGAAAGAGGGUUAGACAUAGUUAGAGAAUGAGGUGAAUUUGUUUCUUGAAGAAAUAACUGAACACACACAACACACACGCACACGCACACGCACACACACACUUUCAUCAAGAAUGGGGCUUGUUAUCGGGACUUUUUUGACAAACAGCAAAAGGGUGGACUAUCACAAAGAUAGGUUCGAUGAUGAUUUGGAGGUGACAAUGGUGUGUCAUCGUCCAGAGGGUUUGGAUAAGCUGGAAGCUCAGACCAACUUCAGCAAGAGAGAACUGCAAGAACUCUACAGGGGUUUUAAAAAUGAAUGCCCUAGCGGUAUUGUCAGUGAAGACACAUUUAAACAUAUUUACUCGCAGUUCUUUCCUCAGGGGGAUGCAAGCACAUAUGCUCACUACCUGUUUAACGCCUUUGACUCAGGUCAGAGUGGCUCCAUCAAGUUUGAGGACUUUGUUACAGCUCUGUCCAUCUUGUUAAGAGGUUCUACCCGGGAGAAGUUGCAGUGGACUUUUAACUUGUAUGACAUCAACAGAGAUGGCUACAUUAACAAAGAGGAGAUGAUGGACAUUGUGAGGGCUAUCUAUGACAUGAUGGGGAAAUAUACAUACCCUGCACUGAAGAUAGACACACCCAAACAGCAUGUGGAUGCUUUUUUUCAAAAAAUGGACAAAAACAGAGAUGGAGUUGUCACUCUUGAUGAAUUCAUUCUAUCCUGUCAAGAGGAUGACAACAUUAUGAGAUCUUUGCAGCUGUUUGAGAAUGUGAUAUAAAACAAGCACAGGUUUGAAGAAGACUGAUUUUUUUCACUAAAGUUUACAGCUGUUAUGUUCGUCAAGAAGAAGAAUGAGAAAAAGCUACACCAUCUUGUGCCCUUCACCUAACCAUGGAAAUUUGUAGCUUCCUGUAGCUGGAUAUCAGUGCUAAACCACUAUGUGCAUAGCAACACUAUGUACUUAGCAUGGUAAUAUUUAUUUUACAUGUUUUUGGAUUGAUUCAGCAAAACUGAUCCAUGACCUUUUUGUAACCAGCCUUGCACUUGUUCCUCUUUAUAGCCACAUGUACUCAACAUGUUUCCUGCUUGCAAAUUUGUACCAUUUACCAGUUCGUAUGAGAGGUUAAAGUUAUGUUUAGGUGAAAGUUGUAGCUUUUUCGUAUGACUUUGUUUGUUCCUUAUAAAUUUAACAAAAUUUGACCAGAUGGUCCUUGCAUGUUCAAAUUUUAGGGCUCAAGCUCAUGCGCUUCAUGUUACAGCUGAUCAGUUAACACUUAAAUUGGAAUACUUUGAUUGAUUUAUCUAUAUACAGGACAUGUAAUGUUCUCUGAUAUUUAUUAAUAUUACUUUAUUGGAAAGCACAGUCUAAUGAUCUAUUUAUUAACGUUGCUGAGAUGGAUAAAUAAGCAAAGCUCAACCAAAGGAUGACUAAAGCAGCAUUGCUUGUAAAUGGUUAGGAAGGAAAGUGGAAGAAAGUGUUAAAAUAUUAUGAUAAUUGUUGCUGAAUGCUCUUCCACAUAGAGCCAGGCUGCAAAACCAAAUAAGCAGGCUAGAUUGAACUCUACAACAGUUUCUAAAUCAGAGAGAAAAUAAUCAGUUAAUUAUCCAAAAUCCAUAAGAAAAGCAAAGAAACACAUAAUUAUUAUAGCCUUAAAGCUUAAUACCAAGUAAGAUGGCUUUACCAUCAGGAUUUUUUUAAUCAACUAUUAAAUAGAGUGAAGUAAAUUAUAGUCCUUGUGAAACUGCUUAUAACCUAUAUCCUGUCUUCAUUGUAUGUGACUGCUAGUCAGCUUUUUCCUCUGCUCCAUGCAGGUGAUAUUAGCUUGGCACAUGAUCUGUCAGCGGUCAGCGUGUUUUGGAUGUUUCUCUCUGUUCUGUACAGUCUCAAAAUAGCUCUUGUACUCUUGUAAAAUAUCAGAUUGCUGCGAUGUUUCUGUGCUGAUCCUUGCUUGAAAAUACUGAACCUGGUCUAUCUGUGUUUAUUUGUGUGUAUUUGUGUGUAGUGUGGCUGCGUUAUUAAUCUAUUGGUGCUUGUUUAUUUGUCCAGACACACAUUUGUCUCCAGAUCUUGUCUAUCUGUCCAUUUCUCUAACUUUCUGUCUGUCAUUGUGUUUGAUGUUCUCAGCAUAAGGGGAGGACAUUUAAUAAGAUGUCGUGUGGUAUUUGACAGACGGGAUUUGCAUCACUGUGUGCUUUUUAUACUAUAUUUCAUCACACUAUAUUGAUUGUGUUCAUUGUACAGUAUAUGCUGUUUAAUUGUGAGAAAGCUGUGAAUUACCAAAUGUUGGUACUGUUCAAUAAGUAUAUAGCCAUAUAACCAUUUAUCCACACACUGUGAUAUGGGAGAGCAGAAACAAAGAGAGAAAGCUUCAAAAGCUAAAAAAGGUUACUUUUUGGGAUAAGCCAUUAAUUUUGUUCAAGGCUGCUGAAUUGCGCAAACAUGUCAAUCAUUCAAUAAGUACUGCAAAUGCAGUUAGUUCUUCUGUUGCUAGAAUAUAUAUGAUUUAGUAAAAUUGAAUUUAUCAAAAUAUAAUCAAUAAUAUUAAUAAUGUACCUAUAAUUAAUUAAAAAUUAUAUCCAAAUUAUACCUGGAGAUUUCCAGUAUGAUGGAAUCAAUAUAAACAUUCAUUCAGCAGCCACUUUAAUAAGAAACCUUGUACCUGUACACCUACCUGCUCAUUCAUGCAAUUAUCCACUCAGCCAAUCAGAUGGCAGGACAGACUCACCGAAAUAAACAGAUGAAAACUGAUGACAUUGCUUUUUUUUCCCCAGUUUCAGUGAGCAUGUGCCUACUGCAUCUUUAAAUCCCUGUUCUUGGCUGACAGGAGUGAAACCUGAUGUGGUCCUCUUUUUCUGUAGCCCAUCUGCCUCAAGAUCUGACAUGCUGUGAAUUCCGAGGUGCUUUUCUACUUCUCAGUUGUAAAAAAUGCUUUUUUGAGUUAAUGUAGGCAUCCUGUAAGCUUGAACUAGCACAGCCAUUUUUUCUCUGGGCUCUCAUUAACAUGGCAUUUCUGCCUCCAGAACUGCUGCUCAUCAGAGUUUGAGAUGGCAUGAGAUCAGAUGUUUUCUUAAAUACUCAAACCAGCACAUCUGGCACCAAAACUAGUUCAUGGUUAAAUUAACAAAGAUCACAUUUUCCCAUUCUGAUGUUUAAUGUAAAAAUUAACUGACCCUUGUGAAUUGUAUUGGCAUAAAUGUAUGUAUUAUUCUGCUGCCACAAGCGUAGCUGAUUGGAUAACUGCAUAAAAGAGCAGGUGUUCCUAAUAAAGUGGUGAGUGUUUAUGCCUCAUCAGGCUAGUUCUAAACAAAUGGUUAGGUAACUAUUACUGGUAUUUAAUACCGUAUUAUUACUAAUAAUGGAUUAUACAUAAACUUGGUAAACACUGAAAUACUAGAUUAUUAGCAAAAAAUAAAGUAUAAGAGGUUAUUAGGUUAAAGAAAGCAUGUUUCAUACACAGACUAUUAAUUUUCCAAUUAUCUGUAGCAAGCCAUGAUUUUGUAUAGAACUAAAAUUAUGACAAAUCUCCACAAGUGUAAUGCAAAUUUUUUAACUUUUUUGAUUUGUAAUUGUGAUUUUCAGCAUUCUCACCCGACAUUAAAAGCAGUAUUGCUUUAGGUUGUUAGAAACAACAAUUGCGUGAUUGCACUUGCAAACAGUGGUUUAUGUUUUCAUUUCUUACCUAUAUUUGCAAAUUUUAUAGAUACCCGGCUGAGUACAUCUGCUCGACUCACAUGACUAGAUGCUCUCUGAUGGUCAAUUUUAUUUUUAUAUUUUUGUUUAAUUUGCAAAAUAUUUUGAUAUGCAAUCAUCGAUGUACUACUUCAAUAAUGACUGAAAUAUUAAAUUACAAAACCUGCUCUACAUAUUUGUGGAGUUUUGCCAGAAUUGAAUAUCAAUUUUACUUUAAUUGAACUUUUCACAACUUCAAUUUCGUAGUGAAAUUGUACCCAGUCCAGACGUUGUGUCUGAACUGUGUAGUGAGUCCAAACCAGGAACUACUGAAAUGUGAUGCAUCUUGAUGUGAUUGUAAAAAUAUAUAUAUAUAUUUUUUUUUUUUUUUUUUUUGAGGAAAAACUGCACAGUACACAUGCAGCCAUAUGUAUCACUACUCACUGUGAUGAGAAUCAGCAGCGAGAGGAAGAGGAAGCACCUUUUACGCCAUGCACCAUAUGCACCUCUCCAAGCAUUCUUUUCAUAUUCAGUAUUCAGUGGAUUUUAAUUUAUGCAUGACUGACUGAUGCAACAAACAGUUGCUGGGCUUUGCUGUUUUUUCUGAAACUAUUUUUCAUUGUACAACAAGCAGACAGAUGAACAGAUAGACAGACAGACAGACAGACAGACAGACAGGCAGACAGACAGAGAAGCAGGCAGGCAGAG